AUGUCUAACUUAGCUGUUACAUUUAUUUUAUUAUUUCUUGAUAACCCUAUUGCAUGGAUCGAUGCAGCUGUGACUCUGUUAAAGGAUGCUGAAGUCGAUGCAAUAAUCGGGCCCCAAAGCUCCGAACAAGCAAGUUUCUUGACGGGCCUUGCCGACAGAGCAAAAGUACCCGUCAUUUCUUUUUCGGCCACGAGUCCUUCCCUUCAUCCUAAGUCUAGUUCUUAUUUCGUCCGGACAGCUGUAGACGACUCGUCCCAAGUUGAAGCUAUUGCUGCUAUCGUCAAACAUUUCAAUUGGGCCCAAGUCGUCCUCGUCCAUGAAGAUUCGUAUUACGGCAACAGUAUAAUUCCUUAUUUGUGUGCUGCGUUUAGUGAUAUUAAUGCUCGUGUCUCUCACAGGAUAAUUAGCAUCGAUCCUUCACUUCCAAUCAACGACGUUCUCCUUUGGAAGAUGAAAACCAUGCGCACGAGAAUAUUCGUGGCACACAUGUCGACUUCUCUUGCCUCGGAAUUUUUUCCGAGAGCAAAACGAGUGGGAAUCAUGGAUGAGGGCUACGCAUGGAUAGUCACGAGGGGGGUCGUGGAUUUACUUCACUCGGCGGGCCCCAACAACAUCGUUCAGAGCAUGCACGGUGUUCUCGGCGUUAAACCUCUGAUCCCCAGAUCGAAUAAACUCGAUUCUAUUUCGGCGAGGUGGAAAACGAACUUCUUUAACGAAAGUAAUUCGGAGUUCUUACGAACCGAGCUUAUUAGCCUUUAUGGGAUAUGGGCAUAUGACACUAUGUGGGCAUUGGCUAUGGCGGCCGAACGAGUCGGAGUUAGGGAGCCCCCAUGUUCCUCAUCACUCGAUUUUCCGGAAGCAUUCGGUGGUAUUAAAACGUCACAAACGGGUCCUAAACUGUUGGAGGCCAUGUCGAGAGUCGUGUUUGAAGGAGUCGGAGGAAAAUUUCAUCUUGUAGAUGGUGAAUUACCGGCCUUUUCGUCGUUUCAAAUAGUAAACGUGGAUGGAACUUCCGGGGUGAGAGAAGUAGGAAUAUGGAGACCCGGAUCGGGUUUGAAAUUGAAGAGCAUCAUAUUUCCUGGAGACAGUACGGUUACACCCGAAUCGUUAAAGGCCGUGACGGUUAGCGGUAGGAAGCUGAGGAUUGGGGUGCCAGUAAAACCCGGUUUUACGGAGCUUAUUAAGGUGAAAAGUGAUGUUGCAAGUAAUGUUUCAAUAAUUACCGGGUGCUACGUAGAAAUCUUUGAUGCUGUCAUGGCUGCCCUACCAUAUAAUGUGCCCUACGAAUAUAUCCCAUUUCAAAAGCCCGACGGAUCAAGUGCUGGGAGCUAUGAUGAAAUAGCAUACCAAGUUUUCCUCAAGAAUUUCGAUGCUGCCGUGGGAGACAUUACAAUCACGUAUAAAAGAUUGAGAUACGUUGAUUUUUCUCUUCCGUUCACGGGAGGAGGAGGAGGAGGAGUUUUCAUCAUCGUCCCAAUCAAAUACGAUCAUUCAGAUGGCAAGUUGUUCUUCUUGAAACCCUUCACGAAAGAACUAUGGCUAACGACAAUAGCGCUAUUCAUCUUCACCGGCGGUGCCAUAUGGAUUCUCGAGCAUCGGUUUAACAAGGCUUAUAGAGGACCCCCCAACCAACAUGCCGGGAUGAUCUUUUAUUUUCCAUUCAUGGGUUUAGUAUUCGCGCAAAGGGAAAGAAUAGUGAACAAUUUCGCGCGACUGGUGGUGGUCGUGUGGAUGUUUGUUGUCCUGAUCCUGAACUCGACCUACACGGCAAGCCUUUCGGCACGACUCAAUGUGCAAAGGCGUAAACCAGCCAUCACCGGUGUAACGCAACUAAUUACAAAGGGUGACUAUGUAGGAUGCCAUAAGGGCUCUUUCAUAGUCGAUCUAUUGCAAGACAUGGGGUUCGACAAGUUGAAGAUCAAGACUUACGAGCAUGCGGUGGACAGCGAGAAGGCACUGUCGAAAGGCAGCAAAAAAGGUGGCAUAUCGGCUCUUUUCUCCGUGAUGCCAUACACUAAGCUCUUCAUGUCCAAUUUCUGCGACAAAUACACUACAAUCGGCCCAAUAUACCCGACCGAGGGAUUCUCUUAUGUUUUCCCGAAAGGGUCACCAUUAGUCCCGGACAUCUCUAGAGCGGUAAUUAAGCUAAUAGAGAGCGGGAGAAUACCGGAUAUCGAGAGGAAGUGGACAGUGAACAACAACAAGGAAUGCAACGAGCAGGAUGUGGAUGAAACUGUCUCAAUAGGCAUCCCAUUGCAAAGUUUUAAAUUGCUUUUCUUGAUCUCAAUGGGGACCACGAUGACUUGCCUGCUCGCGUUUGUCGUGUCCUAUCUUUACAAGAACGGGGACUUUCUUAAGAGCGUGUUAGGGUCGGAUGCCACAAUACGGUCCAAACUAGGUGCCGUGUUGAUGCAUUUCGAUCAAAGAGACCUAAAAGCUUUCAAAGAAGAAGGUGAUGACGGUGGAGAAAGUGUUGUUGGUAAUGAUGCAAUUAUUGUCGUAUCCGAGGAAACGGGUAAUAGUAUUGAUAUUGAUUCCAAAAUUGUUGGCUAUAUAAUCUCGGAGGAAACGGAUAAGUAUAGUAUUGACAAUGAUGAUGCCAACAUAGAUAUAGCAGAACAUUGUCCAAUAGCUCAACCUUCACCACUCUAG